AUGGCGGCUGCAAGUGACAAGGCUCGCUUCUAUCUCGAGCAAUAUGUCCCCGAGCUGCAGGAAUAUCAGCAAAAGGGCAUCUUCACCCGCGAGGAAAUCACGGCCAUCACCUCAAAACGAUCCGGCUUCGAACACACUCUGAAUGCACGAGGAUCGACGCCCGCCGACUAUGCCCGAUAUGCGACAUACGAGAUGAACCUGGAUGGUCUACGGAAGAAGAGGCGUAAGCGACUAGGCAUCAAGGGGGCAAAGACGUUCAAUGGCCAGCGAACAGUUUUCUUCGUACUCGAUCGUGCGACCAAGAAGUUCCCAGGCGACAUGGGUCUGUGGAUGCAGUACAUCGACUUCUGCAGCAAGGAGAAAGCAAGCAAGAAGUUGGCGAAAGUCUUCACAUCCGUGCUGCGGCUACACCCUCGAGACUCAUCACUAUGGGUGCUGGCAGCGAAGCAUUAUGCUGAGACACAGGGAGACAUGGGCACUGCAAGAUCGUACUUCCAGCGAGGUCUGAGGUUCUGCAAAGACGAUGCGAAGCUGUAUCUGGAAUAUGCAAGGUUAGAGAUGGUGUACUUGGCGAAGCUGAAGGCAAGGAAGCGGUUGCUUGGGCUGGACGAGGAGAGGAAGGUGCAAAAGGAGGAAGAGGACGACAACAUGAUUACUUUGCCCUCUAUCACGGCUGAAGAUAUUGACCCGGAUGCAGGAAAGGGCGUGGAAGAGGUGAACGAGGAUGCACUGAAGAGGUUGGAGAGCGCACCAGCAUUCACCGGAGCCAUACCCGUCGCAAUAUUCGAUGCGGCCAUGAAGCAAUUCACCACCUCAAGAAAUGCGGCAUCGGUAGCAGAAAGCUUCUACGAUCUGAUUGCCACCUUCGAGAACGUACAAGCCACACCGACAGCACUCCAGCACAUACUGUCAUAUCUGCGGGAGCACGAAUCGACCUCAGUGGAAAGGUCUAUCUGCGAUGCAAAGCACGAGCUCUUUGCCGUCGAUGCACAAUCUGCAGAGUUUCCGCCGGCACUCACGAAAGCCCUGGCCACCAUCAAGAAGGGCUUGGGUGAGGUGCCCUCAAAGUCACAGCCACUACUAGCCGAGAAAGCUGCGCUACUGCUCCUGACAUACAGCGCCGCAGCAAACUCGUCAGAGGAACAACUUGAUCAUGACAUACUUCAGGUGCUGGAUGUGACGAUCAAGCGCUACCUGCGGAUUCUGUCCAAAGCCACUGGACCAGCUCGGAAAGGACGGCUAGACGGACUGUUGGAGACACUGGAGAAAAAUGGCGAUCAACGGAGGGUGCAACUGCAGAGACUCGCAUUGGGACUGGCGUGA